GACAAAGAAAAAAGGCACCUCAAAAAAACUCAGCAUCUUUUAUCUGUUCCUUUGCCGGCCAAGGGGAAAACGAAAAAAAGAAGAGAGAGAGAGAUCGGAAUAUGCCAUUGGAGCCCCCGGUCUUCCAGGAAGCAGCACGCUGCGACGUCUGCAAAUGCAGCUUCAACACUUUCAGGCGCCGCCACCAUUGCCGAUGUUGUGGGAGGACUUUAUGCCACGAACAUUCAUCAAAUCAAAUGGCUUUACCACAAUUUGGCAUAUACUCGGCUGUUAGAGUUUGUGCAGAUUGUUUCAAUGACUCUUCAGGAUCUAGGAAAGCUGAUCCUCAGCCUUCUUUAGGUGGAGUUGAUUCUGUUAUAGACGAAGUCUCUAGAUUAAACAUUAGUGCAGAUAUGGGUUCAAAAACUGAAGCAACUGCAGGGCAUCAGCCUGUUGCAAGCAUUCCAGAUUGCAAGUGUGGAAUGCCUUUGUGUAUUUGUGAAUCUCCAGCACCAACCACAGAUGUGCUUCCACUUCAGAUGAAAAACCCUUCAACCUCUGUGGCUUCGUCAAAUCCAAAAUCAAAGAAGACUGCCACUGUUCCAAAGAGUAAAGGCUCCACUUCAAACAGCAAAUCUAGCUUGGCUUUCAAUCCUGGUCUGGUGGCAAAUGGUACUGCUGCAGAUAAACCCCGGAUGGAUUAUGAUGUCAACGGAGAGGGUUUAAGAGAAGCUAUAAAGAAUGGUGAUACUGCUGCGGUCAAGAGACUUCUUAGUGAGGGUGUGGAUGCUAAUUACCAUGACAAGCAAGGAUUAUCUUUGCUGCAUCUGGCGGCACUCUUCAAUCGAACUGAUAUAGUAUUUGCCCUCAUGGAAUGUGGAGCAAGCAUGGACUACAAGAACGCACAGGGAGAAACACCAUUGGAUUGUGCACCGGCUACUUUGCAAUACAAGAUGCAAAUGAAGAUGAGAGAGAGUGAGCAAGCAUGAAAUGAACCAGACAAUGGAAUUGGAAGGAAAAUGCAUACUUUCCUCUGUUAACCGACAUGUUCUAUCUCUAGCUGUCAGUUUUCAGCAAGAAAUUGUUGAUAUUGUGCAUCAUGCUGUCAAUUUCAACCAGAAAUUAUAAAUAUAAUGUUGCAAGUGUUUGUAUCAUAUCUGGUAGACAAACCGUCAAACAGGCUGCACGACAUGGAAGCUCAAUCAAAAUGCUGUUUUUUCCUUUGUUUUUGAUCAUCUUAAGAAUGCUGUUGUGAGGCAAUAAAAGUUUCUAUUAUCUGAA